AUGUGUGGAUAUUUAUUUUUAUUGUUAAUCAUUCUUAUAUUCAAUUUUCCCCAUCCAAAGCUGACUUUCCUUUUUCUCCUAAACCUGCUACCGCUUCUCACUGAACUUCUUUGUAGACCUACUCCACACCCCCUUAUUGUAUUUCCUCUCCUCGUCGACAAAAUAGAAUUCUUCUUCAUUCUUUCAUACUCCUUCCUUCCUUCCUUCCUUCCUUCCUUCCUUCCUUCCUUCCUUCUUCUUCUUCUUCUUUCGCCCCCACCCUGCUUCUUCUCGUUGUCCAGACUCAUACGGUUUUCAGCUGAUUUAUUCUCGUCUGCCUUCAUUCAUUUCCCUGGUACUAUUCCCUUAUUCGAAUAUUCCCUGCUAUUCUUUCCUUAUCCCUUUCCUUUUUCUUUCUUUCUUUCUUUCUUUCUUUUUCCUUUCCCCUUUACUUCGUAUAACCCUUCUUUCCUGUCUUCUUUUCUUUCUUCAUUCCUUUCUCACUUCUUUCUUUCGUUUUCUUUUUCCAUUCCUUUCUUCAUCCCUUCUUUCUUUCUUGAUUUUUCUUCCAUUUUUUCUUCUUUCCUUUUCUUUACUUUUCUCCCGUCUAUCUUACCUUCUUUUUUCUUCCUUCAUUUUUUUCAUCAGUUUUCAACAUGCGUGUCCAGACAACGAAUGCUGCUUUACGCAGAAAAAGUAAUAAUCUAA